AGGCAAUCAUGGUCUUGCGUACUAGUCUCAGCAGUACGAUGGAACCCACAACAAAGACCUUCAAAUCUGCCAGUAUAUCUCCUGCUUCAACCCCAAGCAGAGGAUCUUCGUCGCCGCGUCGAAAAUCAUCCAAGUCAUUAAACAAACCGGCCGUCAUACCCCAAACCCAGCACUCCAUUCUCUGGUGUGGCAUCGCUCGCAAUCACACUCCUCUAGCCCGUGUAUUGGUUGGUGGGAAAACCCAGGAUCACGCAAAAAAUGUAAUUGCUUUGGGUCGUUCCAUAGUCAAGGCGGAACCGAAAUCUGGCUGGGAUUACUUUCAUUUCGGCAACGACGAACAAGAGUACGGAGUUCGCGGUGUCAAGUUUCACGUAUACGAACGUAACGCCUUUGCGCCAGGUGAGAAGGUCACCCUUCGAGGUCUGGUCGAAGAAACUUUUUUGAACGGUCAAAAAGUCGAAGUGGUUGCGUACUACGCCGAUCAAGAUAAGUACCGGAUCCGUCCCGAUGCCUCGUUGAAUGCACAAGAAACUUUGCUGGGAGAUGGCACAGUAAAGAUGACGCAAACGUCGGCCUGUUUGUUUGUGGAAAAACUAGCGGUUCUUUCCGAAGCGUUGAGGGGACCGUGGCGCGAGGUAGACCGCCUUGGGGCUCAAGAUAUGUUUGCUGCCGUUAUGCAGGCCCAGGCUGAAAUGUAUGAAGCCGUUGGCAACGAAGCCUUUCACGAAGAGUCCUUGGAAUAUUCGAAACGCGUAAUUGAAAACAAUAUCGAGCUCUUGUCCGAAGGGAGCUUUUAGGACGUAAAAGCCUUGGCAGAUAUGUUUGGGGUCGUGUACUGCAGUGCAAGCUAGAUACCGAGGCGAUCUACCGCAAGCAGUCAAGCCCGAACUUCACAAAAUUUACGUUGUGCAUGAUUGUAAACAUCUUUGUGUGAUCAAUCUAUUUACAGGUUAUGGAUGACAUGUCAAAGUAACUAGAUCCCUCUAAAGGAUUUCUUUGUUUUCA